AUGAUCUCUCUUCGAACAGUAGCAGCCCGAGGAAUCAAUAGGCUCCCAUCGGUACUUGCGAAGGGACAGAGCAAGCGUACAAUGGUCAUCCCAAUCAAGAAGGCCUUGGUCAAGGCUGGAGAGACAGAGGGUGAAGAAGUCCCAGCUUUGGAAAAGCGAAUGGAAGAUAUGGCUGACAAGGAUCCAUUGAUGGUUUACGACUCUGGAAAUGAACUCGCGGAUCCUAUCCUUCCUGACGAUGCUUCGGAAGUCACUGCUUUGGAUCCUGCCCAUCUAACCUCCCAGCGUAUGCCUGAUGGACGCAUGCGUAUGGUGGUCAUCAAGCAAAUGCGUGCUCGUCCUAACCAAGCUCCCUUGAACCCUGAAAAGGUCUGGAAGAUUAGUUUCAAUGACGACGGAGCCGUCUCGGAGCGAUGGAAGAACUCGCUCAUGGGAUGGAAUUCCACCGCUGACACUAUGGGCUGUGAUACUCCUUUGUAUUUCCGUGAUGCCCAAGAAGCCGUCUACUUUGCUGAAAAGCGUGGCUGGAAAUACCUGGUCAAGGAACCCGUCAUUCGCAAGUUGCGAGAUGACGAAGCUCAAUACCAGGACAACUUUUUGCCCCAAGCCAUUGCCUCCAAGGUCCAACAAGAGGGAAAACAGUGCAGUCACUGGGAGCGAAAGGCAGCCGGAGUUUCUCACUACUUCCGUCCAUUGAAGUAUCACGGAGAUGGGGUUGUCCGACAACAUGGACCCAAUGCCCACGCAGAAAGUGUUCCACACACUGAAGGAUACUACAAGCUCAGGUAA